AUGCGCUCAAGAUCUUUGUUGUAUUUUCUCGCCGUAGGGCUGAGUGGUGUACUCGCAGCUCCAGGAUCUGCAGCGGAGGCAAGAGCGGAUAGUCCUGCCAGAUGUCCCAAGAUAUUUUGUAUCCCUGGAACUCACUUGUUUUGGAACCCCAAAACAAAGGUUUGCUCGUGCAAACUAGAUGACGGGGAGAAGAUUUGUUACACAACAACAAAUUGCAUUACUGCACAUCAUCCACUAUGGGACUCUACGACCGAGACGUGUUCUUGCGUACCUGACCAGACCAAGACUACUUGCCUUACUGCGACAACUUGUUUGGUUGGGUCUCACCCUGUUUGGCAUCCUGAAAGUUCAACCUGCAAAUGCGAGGGCAAUAAGAUUAGAGAAGUCGAUCCUGCCACGUGCCCAACGAUUCGGUGUGCAUCCACCACUCACCCUGUAUACCAUCCGGAAACCAAGCGAUGUACUUGUGAGCCAAACGCUCCUAUAUGCCCAAACAUAAUAUUCUGCGCUGGCGGUGCCCACAAAGUUCUUAAGCCCGAUGCAAAGAAAUGCACUUGCGAACUUGAUAACCCUGUCCCUCCAACUUGUCCACUCCUCAAGUGUGUUGAAGGAAAUCAUCGUGUAUAUCACCCCGAAACCAAGAAGUGCCAAUGCGACCCUGACUGUCCUGACCUUUUCUGCAUUGCAGAGCAAAAGCCUACAUACAAUUCAGCAAGCAACUCAUGCUCCUGUCAAUGGAUCCCAGGGUCAGAACCAAACAAUCCGGCAACACCUGUCAGGGAUGAGACCUGCUCCGGUACAGUCUGCAUUUCCGAGAAACAUCCCGUGUAUGAUGCAAAGACAGGUAAAUGCACCUGUCAAUGGAUCGAUGGACUCGAGCCACCCCUUGAGCCAAUAGAUCCGUGCGUUGGUAUCUUCUGCAUUUCGGAGAUGCAGCCCGCUAUUAAUGCAACGACUGGUCUAUGCGAAUGUGAAUGGAUUCCAGGUCUCGAACCAAAGGACACCAUCAAGUCCAUCGAGAAAUGCCCCGAUAUUCUUUGCAUUGCCGAGAAACACCCUGUCUACAAUGCGACCAGUGGACAGUGCGGCUGUGAAUGGAUUGACGGGUUUGGACCCGCUGCAAGCAAGCUCUAGGUGUCAGAUUUCAGGAAUGGCGCAUUUGGAGGAUAAGAUGCAAAAAAUUGAAAGUAUUCCUUCGUCUACUAGACCAAUUAAAUCUAUCCCAUUUUUCAAACUCUAGAUCUUAUUCCCCCCAAUUUACUUGUCUCUUUGUGCAACAGAUCGCAAUGCAUGCAUAAUUAAUUUAUGCAGCUAACUUGAUGGUGUGGUUGAUCGGCAGAGCUGAGCCACCGCCACCGCCUGAUAUGUCAUGAUAACUGGUGAUUAUUAGAGCUUGUAAAAACGAAAGUCAUAUGAUAUAUCAUGACAUGUAUUUCGGGGCUUUCUCUUUGAAAUUAUAAAACUCGAAGGAAAGCGGUUAACAUUCAGCCAUUCAUAAUAUCAACAAAGAGUUGAAUUCCGUGUCAAUAGUAUUUGUGCAUCUGAACCUGCUAGAAAAGCCACUGCUUAAGGUUACUAGAAAAAUGACGCCAGCCAUGAGUGUUUGAAUCCGCGAAGGCGUCGACCUCAGUGCCAAGUCGACCAAAACGUCGAGUGUAGUACCUGUACCCAUCUAAUCUUAGAUAAUUCGUAUCCCUUACAUCGUUUUGUGAAACUCCAAGUCAGGCUUCUGAAUCCUUGAGAUCCGCAUUAAUAAGACGUAGAACGAAAAAAGAGUCUAGAAAUCUCACGAGGAGCUUCGACAAGGCCACGCAUCGUAUUCAUCUGGACUUGGCAUGCGACCGCUUUGGAUUUGCCCCUCUCAUAUCGUAACUGAAUGAAGAUUUGGCUGGCAUGGCUUUAUGGUUUAUAACGAAUGAUGGCGCAAGAUUCCAUUUGAAUGGCUUUAUUGGCUUCCAUCACCAGAGAAUAAGCCAAACUUCCUUUCAUCCAGCUGUGAAAUGUGUGUUGAAAUAUCCAAUCAAAAAUUCAAUGAAGCUUCAAAUAUUCUGAUAUGUAACCUUUGGGCUCUUUGGUUUGUGACGCCGAUAGGAAUCAAAAUGAAUAGCUAUUACCGCUUCAAUAACCAUGAUGGCGAAUCAUCCAAUUGAGUAUCUUGGUAAAGUGUUGCGAGACACCAUUAACGGGGCUGAAUCGAAUGGCAACGAUAGAGUGAUUUUUCGCAUCCAUAAUCGAACGGUCUGCUGCAUAUACGAUAUCGCGUCGCUUUAAACAACUUUCCGUGGUAUGUCUGUUGGAUAAAAGCCUCGGUUGAUGAUCGAAAGGUAGUCUCGGCGUCUUGUAGCCUUACCCAUGAAGAGUGGCAAAGAGUGAAAGACUCGAACGACAUUUGUUUUUCUCAAAAGUCUUGAGUAGGGCAGGCAUGAAAAGGAGGCUCGUCAGACAGAUUCCAAGUCUCCUGCUACUACCAUCAGAUCGACCAAAGGAAGCAACUUGGUUGCACGGCACGAUAGAUACCAUAUCCUGCAAAUUUUUUGGAGGCAUUGAGCAAUUUGAGGUCAAAGAUCUGUUCAUGUUUGCGAGAAAGACAUUCGAUGAAGAUGCUAUAUAUCUAUCAACUGUCGUUCCCUCGUUUCAAUGCAAGGAUAAUCAAGAUAGGAAGGUGAUGAAAAAGACGUGCUCGAUUAAGGUUAUAUAAGCCAACGUGAUUUCACGUGAUGAG